CCACUUGCUUGUAAUCGGUCAUUUACUGAGGACUGCCUUGUGAUAGUGUGAUAUGUGCAAGCAGAAGGCUAGAUUCAAUAGUGCAUUUCUAAUUGUUAAAAAAGCAGCUCAUUGGUAGACACUGGCAUGCUGUGGUGAUGGAUGCAGUUUUGGCAGAGAGCUGUUUAUUUUGUUUUUUAAAAAGUUGUCACUAACAAGCAUCUAGGUGAGAGACGUUGCAAUAGAGUCUGACAAGACAUCAAAAUUGAACUCUAUAGUUCUGUUUGAAACACACAGCAGUAUUCCCAAAACUGCCUUAAAAUUACAGCAUGGCAAUUCAGAAAUAUGCCCUGAAAGGCCUAGUAGGGCUGCAACAGGUGUUUUAUAAACAAAAAAUAGGUUACUUUGGAAUAUUACAACCAGGUGGCAUAAGAAUGAUUUUCACAGUGUGCUCUGCUCCUUUAUAAUUUUCAGUUAAAAACUGUGGGGGUAAGUUGGUGCUACUCAUAAAGAAUGUGUGUGUCAAUCUGUCUUGUGAGAAAAAUAGUUUUGUAGGAAGAACUGUUGAAGGGGACUAUGUGCAGGCUUUUGGUGUUAAUCAUAAUAUCAGCAAAUACAGAACAGGCAGUACACAUGAGCAGACUUCAUCCCAGCACCUAGGGAGGUUACUGCCAGUGAUGCUGCUUCUGUUCAUAUCCAACUAAACAGUAUGUCUUUGCUUUAAACUGUUCUGCCUUGGUCCAACCAGAUGGAUUUAAUUGAUGGCAUGUGUGCAAAAUACCCUUUUGCCUUUCACUAAGAAUGUAUGUAGGCCUUUACAUUUACAGUCAGUAAUAUUGCUGAUGUGUUAAACUGAGUUGUAGCAUUCUGCUAAUCAUAUCUCAUGGGUUCCUUUGCUGUUUAAGAAUGUUCUCUCACUUGUUUUAGGGAUGCUUUCCUUUCUCAGACUAUUAUAAGUCUUCUCCAAUUGCCUGUGUCUUCCUCACUUAAUACACACAAACCCUUGACCACAUGGGACUCAUUUGAAAAGUUACUCCUAAUCUUUCAGGUGGCUGUUGUUCAGCCAUGCACAACGUUCUGUCUCUGCAAAGACCAAGUUUUUCAUGUACGUAACUUCACUGCAUCUUAGGAAUAGUCUGCCUGAGAAGUAAAAUUAUUUAAACCAAUCUGAAAAGAGCUGAGAAAACCGCAUUUGUGCUAACAGUUGCAUGAAAUACGCAGACUGAAGGAGGAGUAUGUAACACAAUAGAAGGUGAGACCGCAUUAGUUCUGUUGUCUUCCCUAGAAAAUGAAACAAAACUAUCUAGGCAGGCUCAUACAGUAACUGAAAAGACCCAAGUGACAGUGUCAUGAAAGGGAGCUGCAAAAGAAAGCCUAACUUAUCUGGAGGAGCGAAGAAAGGGUUAAGCUAAAUGUAAAAUGAAGGAUGGGGCUUUGGGCAUUGAGCCAAUGAAAUGCAGCUAAAGAAUUUCAAAGGGGAGAGGCGGGGAAGCAAUCUCUUGGGAGAGAGAUUUUUCUCCAGGCAGACUUCUUGUUCCAGUGCUGGUCAACAGUGAUAGUAAUGUCACUACGCCAUGGUAUGCUGGGAUGUCUGAGGAUGAGCAGGAAAUGAAGCAACUUUAGACAACAACUUCAAUUACCCGUUAAUGAACAUCAAAACACAGCAUUGCCACGGCUGCCUGCCCAGCAGACCUGGUUACAAAAGCCAGAGGGAUGGUGGUAGUCACAGGGCAGAAGCAAGCCAGUGGAAAUCUGGACAAUGCCAUGUCGAGUUCAGAUACAGAGGAUGAUUUCCAAGACCCUGCCACUCCGACUGCAACUCAGGCAGGGCACUCGCUGCCUCUGCUGCCUCAGCAGUUCCCAGAAGUUGUUCCGCUUAAUGUAGGAGGCAUGUAUUUUACUACCAGACUGUCAACACUACAACGCUAUGAAGACACCAUGUUGGCUGCUAUGUUUAGUGGAAGACACUACAUUCCAACAGAUGCUCAAGGCAGAUAUUUUAUUGACAGAGAUGGAACUUACUUUGGAGACAUACUUAACUUUCUGCGAUCUGGUGAUCUCCCACCGAGAGACCGAGUGAGGUUAGUUUACAAGGAAGCUCAAUAUUAUUCCAUAGGACCAUUGCUGGACAAUCUAGAGGAAGUCCAGCCUCUUAAAGGAGAAAAAGUUAGACAAGCUUUCCUGGGCUUAAUGCCAUAUUACAAAGAUCACUUGGAGCGGAUAAUUGAAAUAGCUAAGCUUAGAGCCAUGCAGAGAAAAGCAAGAUUUGCAAAGUUGAAGAUCUGUGUUUUCAAAGAAGAAAUGCCCAUCACCCCAUAUGAGUGUCCACUUUUCAACUCUCUACGUUUUGAAAGAAGUGAAAGCGAGACUAAACUGUUUGAACAUCACUGUGAAGUAGAUGUAUCUUUUGGCCCCUGGGAGGCUGUAGCUGAUGUAUAUGAUCUUCUGCACUGUAUCGUGACAGACCUGUCAGACAGGGGAAUUACUGUGGAUCAUCAGUGCAUUGGUGUGUGUGAUAAACAUCUGAUAAACCAUUAUUACUGCAAGCGUCCAAUCUAUGAAUUCAAGAUUACGUGGUGCACAGAUAAGAAGGACAUUCAACACAUGAAUUACUGAAAAUUUAACUCCAGUCCAAUGAUAUUCCACGUGAUUCUGAAAUGGAUGGUGAGACGUCAUUAGCGAAACCCUGGAAAAAAAAAAAGAUGAAUAUCCCUGUUGUCGUCACUGUUUGUAGCAAUAAGAAGUGUGAUCAUUGAUUUCAUAAUUCAUCUUUAAAGAUUUCUCCAAUUAUCAGCUAAUGUAUCUUUGUAGCAGAUUUCCUUUUAGACUGAAAGAAGUUAUCCCAGAUCAUCUUUCUUUGUUGAAAGCAAUAGUUGAAAUACUGAAAUUUGUAAAUAUGUCUUCUAAUGCAUCAUUUAAUUAAAAAUAUAGUAAUACAUGAAAACCCUAGAAAUAUUUAAUAUGGAGUAUCUCAAAUCAUCUCCACAGUUUCAAGAAUAUACCCUGGCACAGUUUGAAAGAAAAGUCUUGUAUACCGUACAGGUUAUACUCGUGUGCGGGGUAUACAAGAUUUUUUUUUUAACUCAAUUUGGAAAAACCACGGGGUAUAUUCUCUACAAUACAGUAAUUAAAAGCCCUUUAAUUACCACAUCCUGUACAACAUAUUAAAAAUUAAGUCCAGCUUACAGAAAACCCCUAAGGACUAUCAUGCUUUCAUUAUGUUCUUGUUGUUUUAAUUUGUGAGAGUUAAAAAUAUUGCUGUUGCUUAGACUUGUUCUAAACAAUAUUUUAUGGCAAUGUAAAUGUUGUUACUGCCUAAUAUUUGGGUUUUGACAGAAACUGAGAAAAAUUUGGUUCUUGGUGUAUAGACAUAAAGAUAAGUACAGAUAAUGGAGCAAAUAAUUAAGGAAUUCAUCUGAAAACACCUGGCAGAUAAUAAGGUGAUAGGUAACAUGGGUUUGUAAAGAACAGAUCA